AUGUUCUUUAUUAAAGAACUCUCGCAUACGAUCAAUUUGCAUCCCUCCUUCUUCGGCCCACGAACUUCUAAGUUCCUCGAAGAUAAGCUCAACCGAGAUGUUGAAGGCACUUGCACCGGCCGAUUUGGAUACAUCAUUGCUGUCCUUAGAACCCUGAGUAUUUCUGCCGGUACUAUCCAACCUGGAACGGGUAUGGCCGAAUUUGUGAUGAAAUACUCUGCGAUUGUUUUGAAGCCUUUCAAGGGGGAAGUCGUUGAUGGGAUCGUUGGCCAAGUAAACAAGAUGGGCUUCUUUGUUGAAGUCGGUCCACUUCAAGCCUUCGUUUCGAGUCACUUGAUCCCCUCAGACCUCAAGUUCGACCCGAACGCCAACCCGCCCUGUUUUUCUUCGGACGAAGAUCAAGCAACUAUCGAAAAGGGCACCCGGAUUCGUCUCAAGAUUGUCGGCACGCGUGUCGAUGCCACGGAAAUCUUUGCAAUCGGGACGAUUAAGGAGGACUACCUUGGCCCGAUCGAUUGA